AUGACAAGUCCACAAGUGAAGACUGGUUUGUUCGUUGGAUUGAACAAAGGACACGUCGUCACAAGACGCGAGUUGGCUCCUCGUCCUAACUCUCGCAAAGGGAAAACGAGCAAGAGGACAAUUUUCAUCAGAACUCUGAUAAGAGAAGUUGCUGGAUUUGCUCCUUAUGAGAAGAGAAUCAGUGAGCUUCUCAAGGUUGGUAAAGACAAGAGAGCACUUAAGGUUGCUAAGAGGAAGUUGGGUACACACAAGAGAGCUAAGAGGAAGAGAGAGGAGAUGUCUAGCGUUCUCCGCAAGAUGAGGUCUGGUGGAGGAGUCACUGAGAAGAAGAAGUGA